AAUGUCACGCUCACCAUGGCUUGUCUGAACCCAAGAGCAGAGACCUUUACCAAAUACAAAAAGGGCACAGCUCCCAUUUUGAAUUCUGCCAUUUUCUUCUUCUGAUAAAAAGGAAGUUGCUUUUUAAGUGCACGAGGAAGAGAGAAAGCGACCGGCCUGUUGAGUAUUGAGAUGGGGGAUUUGGAGAGACAACAGGUGGAGGAAAAGCUGGUGGUGGUGGAGAUGGAGGAGGUGGAGGAGAAGGAUAGGCUUAUGGAAGGAAUGUCGAUGUUGGACUUUGAUAUGUUGUGUUCGACAGUUGCUUCGCAGACGCAAGGGAAAUGGAGGAAACUUGAAACUGAAGAUUUUGAUGCUAGCGGUGCUAGUGGAGGGGAUUUUGGAGGUGUUUUCAGGAUGUGGGAAGGUGAAGUCUUUGAUUGCUGCGAUGACCGCCGAAUCGCCAUUGAAUCCCUUUGUUGUCCAUGUUACAGAUUUGGGAAGAACAUGAGACGAGGCGGCUUCGGUUCUUGCUUUCUUCAGGGAACUGUAUAUUGCAUUCUUGCUCUUAGCUCCCUUCUCAACUUCAUUGCCUUCAUCAUCACCAAACGGCGUUGCUUUCUGUAUUUGGCAGUUGCUUUUACCAUUUCAAUAGGAAUGUAUUUGGGUUUCUUCCGCACACAGAUGAGAAAGAAGUUUAAUAUCAGGGGUAGUGAUAAUUCCCUGGAUGAUUGCAUCUACCAUAUUUUCUGCUCCUGCUGCGCAUUAUGUCAGGAGACCAGAACAUUGGAGAUGAACAAUGUCCAAGAUGGCAUCUGGCAUGGUCGGGGCGACACAAUAUGCAUAGGUAGUUAUACUGAGGGGAAAAAGGCUACCUUUGAGCUACACCCCCCUUCCUUUGUCUCAACUAAGUCCCCUCAUAUUGCUGAUCACUCCUGAACUUGGGAAUUAUAGAACUUUGGAAACCCUGAUCCUCAGUCCCACUCAAUUGUUUUUGAAGAGAGGGAUGAACUGCAGGCCAGGUGAGACUUGUCUACAAGAUCAGCUAUCAAACUGAAGCAUAGUCUCUUUGCUGUUCUACAUGAGGCCCCUACUUUUUGGAUCAGGAAAGAAUAAUGACCUGUUCUGAAGUACUCGACGAGGAAGAGUUUGCUGUCCAUUUGCACUUGAGAGAUUGUACAAAUGCAAGUGUGGUCUUAUUGCCCCACUUAUCUCACAAUACGCAGAAUUUUUACUCUGUUGCAGUUUCUGGGUUUGGCUUAAUCAAAUUGUUUACAUUCUCCCAUGUUUGUCUUCCUGGAAAAUUUGCUUGAGCUGUAUACUGAAUACUCUUGUGCCAUAUCAUAUUAUGUGGGUAUACAUGGUUCCAAGGUUUUCUCUCCAA